CAGAUUGCUGGGCAGCCAGCCAACCGAGGCUGAGCAAAGGGCGAAGAUGACCUGUACACUACAUAAGACGACGUCACCACGACUACGUCAGAAUCCCAGAUGAUCAAUGACCACUCCAAACUGAGGUCACCGCAGCUGUAGCAUUCCCCCACCCCCUCCCCCAGGCAACGGAGAACAUCCAACUUCCAACUCCUAACCCAAACCUCAACAUGGGCCUACGACAAAUCGCCCUCGGCGGCCUACUAGCCGUCACCACCGCCGCCAGCGUCCUCAGCCCGCGACAAAACAUCAACCCAGGCCCCGUCUCCGGCGACACCUUCAUCCACGACCCGACCGUAAUCAAAACCGCCGCCGGCACCUACCUCGCCGCCUACACGGGCGACAACGUACAACUCAAGACCUCGACCGACCGCACGCAAUGGCAAGACGCCGGCCCCGUCUUCCCCAACGGCGCCCCCUGGACGACCCCCUACACCGGCGGCGCCCUCAACCUCUGGGCGCCCGACCUCUCCUUCCACAACAACCAGUACUACCUGUACUAUUCCGCCUCGUCGUUCGGCUCCAGCCGCUCCGCCAUCUUCCUCGCCACCAGCCCCACGGGUGCCUCCGGCUCCUGGACCGACCAGGGGCUGGUCAUCGAGUCGUUUGCCGACUCCGGGUGGAACGCCAUCGACCCCAACCUGGUCGUUGACGCGCAGGGCGGGUGGUGGCUGUCGCUGGGGUCGUUUUGGGGGGGGAUUAAGAUGGUGGCGAUUGACCCCGCGACGGGGAAGCGGGCUGAUAGUGGUGUGCCGUUGGCGAUUGCGGCAAGGCCGGAUGCGGGCGGCGCGGUGGAGGCGCCGUUUAUUACGCGGAAUGGGGAUUUCUAUUAUCUGUGGGUGUCGUUUGAUAAGUGUUGUCAGGGCGCGGCGAGCACGUACCGGAUUAUGGUGGGCCGGUCGGCGAGUGUUACCGGGCCGUAUGUGGAUAAGGAGGGGAGGCAGAUGAUGCAGGGCGGGGGGUCGCAGGUCAUGUCCAGCCAUGGGGCGGUGCAUGGGCCGGGGCAUAAUGCUGUUUUUACGGAUGUGGAUGGGGAUGUGUUGGUGUAUCAUUAUUAUAAUGAUGCGGGGACCGCGCAGAUUGGGAUUAAUCUGAUUAGGUAUGAGAAUGGGUGGCCGGUUAUCUACUGAGAGGGGUUUCUAAGGGGGGGGUCGGCAAGUGUGUGUGAGCUGGUGGCAGAGGGCGGUUUUGGCACAUGGGGGUAGGGGGUUUCAAGACUGUACUGUUUCUUUGGAGACGUCAGCUCGCGUAUAUACUUCUUCGCUUGUCGAUCCAAAUUGCUGCGGGUAGUGGAGAUUUCUAUCUAACAAGACAUCCUUUGGUGGCUGCACGCUACGGGACGUAGUACCAAUCUCCGAAUAUGGCACAUAGUCAGGCUCGGAACCA